AGUGUAAGAAGUACACUGGAAAGGAAAUAUGAAAAGCAAGGCUGCCAAAUACAUCGAGCCUCCUAACACACUGGAUUCCAAGUCUCCUCCAUUACAGUGUCCAGUAACAAGGAACAAAGGACGCAGCAGCCAGGUAAACUCUGUGAGAUCACAGUCUUCAUCAGUUUUAGAUCAGUCGUCUUCUGAAAGGAAUAAAAUGCAACAUAGCCAAGAGAACUCAGUGGGAUCUAUAACUUCACCUGUUGUGUCACAUGGUACACUUGAAAGCAGUAAAGUCCAAAGUAGCCAGGAAAAUUCCAUGAUUGCUAGGGCUUCAUCUGUUCUAUCACAGACUGCAUAUGACAGCAGUAAAACACAAAAUACACAGGAAAAUCCAGUGGGCUCCAAGGCAGUACCAUCACAAUCUACAUGUGACAGCUCCAGGCAAAUCCAUGAUGAUGGUUCUUCAAAUAGUGAUUUAUGCCUCAUGCCAGCAAAGGAAGUGGAACAAGUGUCUCAACUUGAUUUGCCAUCAAGUAGAACCAGUGGGUCUGUAUCUGUUGGAACUAAUGUAACUACUUUAACCGGAAACCGUCUUACCAUCAAGAGUGGAACCAAAGAAGUGGUGGUGGUUUUUAUGAAUUCUUCACAAUCUGUUGGGUGCGGAGGACAAACAACUGAAAAUAAUCAAGAACAUGAAAUUCGUGCAACAACAAAGUCAGUUCCAGCUGCAUCAACAACAACAGCACCUAACACUGUCGAUGAGCGAUUUCUUCUCUCCAACAGACAAGAAAUGCCACUGCAUUCUACAUGUCAUACUACAGCGAAUGAAGCCAGUAUCAUUAAUGAAAGUAUUUCCUGUGAAAAUAAUUCCACUUUUAAAAUCAGAGAUGCAAGUGGAGAUCAGGUGAAUGAUGAUAGUUAUCAUCAUUCCUUUCAGAAACUUGAGCGACCCAUGCCUAUAAUACUCCAUGCGCACAGACCACUUUUAAGUGCUACUAUCAAUGGACCACAAACAAGUAUGGGAGUUGGUGCAAAUGGUGCAGUACUGGAACAAAACACAAUCUCAUCUGAUGAAAAUCCAGUUGACAAUAGAAGGUGCUGUGCUAUCUGCAAUGGUCAUUUUGUUUUCAGUUUCUUUGUGUGCACAAGCUCAGGAAUAGUUGAGAAAAAGGUAGAGAGUAUCAGUGCUUCUAGCCAGAGGUAG